ACCCCACAAAAUUUUCCUUACAAAAAAAGCCUCCCUUUCACGUUUCCCCUGCUAGUUGCUUUGUCGCAUUCAUCCAGCUACUCCCAUCACCACCACCACCACCACCAUCACCACCCUUUACGCCUUCUCCCUCUCAUUGUUCCCUCACACACUCCCAAGAACACUGCAUGAUCAUCAACAUCUCUAUCUAAACAAUGCAGCAGCAAUAUCACAACGCCACAAAAAAAUGCCACUUUAAUUCACCAUCUCUGUAGAUCUGAAUCGCCUCCGAUCUCAGAAAAAAGAAUCAAAGAACCCAUUUUGAUUUCUGGGUAUUUCUCUUCGGCCUAUUGGGUCAUCGGAAAACCAUUCCUUCUUGGAAAGAUGGGGUCCAGUGGCAGCAAAGCUUCUUCCUCCUCUUGCAGUUCAUCGUCGUCUUCCGGUAGUUUCCGGAAGGGUCGAUCCAAGAGGCAUAGAGGCUUCCCAUCUUAUUGUCUUGGAAGUGCAUCUGGAUCUCGUGACAGUGAUAAUGACGACCAGGUUUGUGAUCAGAAUAAAGUGAAUGGAAGUGAUGCCACAUUCACCAGUGGCAAUGAAAUAGACUCAGGUGAAGUGAAAACAGAUUCUUUCAGAAAGGUUAAAUCUGAUGAAUUGCCUUGUAUGCCUUCAAACACUGACCUUGAUGAGUGUGGCCAUGCUUCAUCCAGAACUGGUAGCAGCUCUGUCCAUGGUUCAACUCAGUCCGUGAACCCUUCAAGCAGAUUCCUUUCUCGAUUUAGCCUCAUUCCUGGUAAUAUAAGCUUCAGACUUAGCAGAACCACUAGUUUGGGGUCAUCUAGACCUUGCCCUGUUUCUUCAGCAAGUCUCUCAAUAUUUAACAAUGAAGAUGAGCUGAAUCUGAAUCCAGGGCCUCCUAGCAGCUUGAUUAAUAGAAACGAAACUCAACAAUGUAGUGACUUGCUUAAUGCAUCUUUUGCCAAUCGAGUGCCUGUACAGUACCAUGAAGAGGCUUCUAAUAAUAUAAGUUCUAAUUCCCCAACAUUGGGUUUGGUUGGCAACUUGCAGAGCAGUUCCACACUUUCUCCUAUCCAGGAUGUGAUUGGAGAUGGGAACUUGUUCUCUCCAAGAAUUCAUCCUGAGACAGAAAAUGUUGAGGCUAGACAUAUGGAUAGACGAAAUGCCGCUCGAGAACCUGUUGAACGCAAUGUUCGUUUUAGCCGAACUUUAAGUGUUGGAAGGCUCCGUGACAGAGUUCUCCGCCGAUCAGCAAUAUCUGACUUCACCUUAUGCCCUCUGCAACAAGAGAGAGAAGUGACAGAUACUAGUCAGAAUAGUGGAAGACAAGUAGGGGAGAGUGAUACAAGAGUGUCCCCGUCAGGUCGUCAUGCUGCAAGUUCCCGUAUUGCAUCUGGGUAUCCUCUACCCGGCAUGUCUAGCUCCUUGUAUAGCACCCAAGAUUAUGCGGUUGAGACUUCACGGUCAAGAGAAACAAGGUAUCAGGAUCUACUGGAACACAGGUCCAAUUUCCUUGAACGGAGAAGAAGGAUACGAUCCCAGGUUCGUGCUCUUCAGCGGUUGGGUAGCCGGUUUGAAAAUCUUUCUGGACAUGACAGAUCAUGUAUCUUGUCUGGUCAACAUAGAAAUGGUCGGUGUACAUGUAGAAUAAGUGGCCGUGAUAACAAUUCAAAUGAUGAUACCAAUGCUAGAGCUAGCAUAUCACGAAUUGUUAUGCUAGCUGAAGCCUUGUUUGAGGUUCUGGAUGAAAUUCACCAGCAAUCUGUGGUUUUAUCCUCCCGUCCUUCCGUGUCUUCUAUUGGAUCUGUUCCUGCACCUAACGAAGUUGUGGAAUCCUUGCCUGUCAAGUUAUACACCAAAUUGCACAAACAUCAAGAAGAACCUGUACAAUGCUAUAUAUGCCUUGUGGAGUAUGAAGAUGAAGACAGCUUGCGAGUACUGCCUUGCCAUCAUGAAUUUCAUACAACAUGUAUAGACAAGUGGCUGAAGGAGAUUCAUAGGGUUUGCCCACUAUGUCGGAGGGACAUUUGUAUACCUGAUUCACUGCCAACGGAGAACUAAAGUGGCAAUUUGUUAAGCAGCAUAUCCUCUUGAGGCUCAUAGCUCCUUGGGAAAAAAUGUACUAAAGUAUUGCACACACACACACAUGUGACUAUCAGAAGAAGCUCAGUCCUUUCUGCUAGUAUUCUCAUUGUUGUCCAUGAUAAUGAUUAUUGAUUCCAAAUCCUGAAUAAACAUCAAACCAUGGUAGAAAUAGACUGAACUACUAGCUCUCUCUGUCUUUGAAACAGGGCACAAAAAAAGUGGGGUGGGGGCUAUUGUUUGAUGAGGAAUAUUGCCAACAUGUUUCAGCAAGAAAAGGGACCUUUUGUUUCA